ACUGCAUCAUGUGUGACGUGAAUACUCGCGCGACCCUUGCGGGCUGCUCCAUGUGAAAGUCGCCGGGAUGUGCGUGAAUGUGAGAGUGUGUUUGAGUUCUGGGAUAAUCUGUGUAUAAACUCGUGGAUCUGAAGAGGAUUUUAAUGAACGUGUGGAUGCAGGUUGGUGAGUUGUGAAUACGCUGUCAAGUUCAAAAGCCCCCCGAAAUGACGGCCAGGCUUCUGAGCCGAUGGGCUCUCCUGUUGUCCAGAUGUCCCCAACCUUCUGCAUCUACUGCCCACCUGAAAGCACUUGCUGCCCUGCCUGUGGAGCCACUGUGGUCCCAGGCCUGGAUUCAGACCCCUGUCAGACCUUUUUACAUGAGCAGAGAAAAUGCCCAGGAAGAGAAAACAAAAACCACUUCCCAACAAACAAACUUCCAUCUUCGUAUUGAUAAGGCUGCCACUCCAAAGGAAGUGCUGAAUCUCUGGAAAAAUCUGGGCGGCUCGACCAAUCAGGCAGCCACGUGUCUGGUCCAGAUUUACAAACUGUCUUUAGGGACAGGAGUGAAAAGUGACAGCAGUAUUUUGAAUGACCCUCGGUUUGCAGAAAUGCUGAAGGCUGUGCAUUCUCAGGUGUCGGUGAUCCACAGUAAUACACUGGUGUCUCUGCUGCGUGCUCUCUGUGUCCUGGGCGUGUCCCCCCAUUCCAAAGUGCUUCAGUCUCUCCAGCACGAAACACUGUGGAGGCUUCGGCGUUUGAACGUUCGCCAGCUGACCCUCUUGGUGGACUGGACAUCUGGACAUCCUGAUUACAAGGAGGGGAAUGAGCUUCUGACCUCAGCCGCACUAAAGAGUCUGGAGCUACGCUGGACAGAGCUGACCGAACCGCGAACGAUACGUGUUCUAAUGACCCGUGCUGUCCGUCAUUCACCAGGGCUAAUGGACAAACUGGAGGACAAAGCUCUGGAGUUGGCUUGGAGGUUCACUGCUGAAGACAUCCGCGUCAUGUUACUAAUUUUGGCAUCACACCAGCGACGUGCAGUGGCGCUAUUGCGAGCUUUGUCGUACCACCUGGACCAGAAACCCUCCUCUGAACUUAAUACACCACUGCUGAUGGACAUUGCAUACGCUUAUGGUAGGCUGAAUUUCCAACACACCCCGAUGCUUCAGAGGAUUGUUACAGAGAUGAUCGCCAGGUUACAGGAACUGACCGCUAAUGAAGUGUCUCGGUGUACAAAGUCACUGGGCUUUGUGAAGUGGCUCCACCUGCCUCUGUUUGAGGGAUGCGCACAGCACUUCCUAAAUCAGAGUCAACAUUACACCACACAGCAGCUGUGUAAUCUCAUCCUGUCCUUCGCCAGGCUCAACUUCCAGCCCAGUAACAUGGAGGAGUUCUACAAAAAGGUUCAUGAAAGUUUGGAGGGCUCCUGGCAGGAGUUGGACCCGUUUCUCAAGGCAGAUUUAGUGUGGUCUCUCUGUGUGCUACAGCAGGCCAAACCUGAACAUAUCGCUGCUGUUGCAGACUGUGACUUUCAGACCAAACUUACAGGUGUCACUGCUGAUCGCAGAGAGGGCUACAGGCUGAAGCUGACUCAAAUUGCUGCUUCUGGUCAGCUGGAGUCUAUUGGAGCAUCAUCUGUCUUGCCAACUAUCCACAUACCAGCUCUCCAGGGCAAAGCACCCGCUACGACGCCCCUGCAGAGCAGCCUUAGCACAGCCUUACAGAACCUAACCAGGAGCUUCCCAAACUCCCUUCGCACUGACGUCAACACGGUGUACGGCUGGACUGUAGACGCGGAGUUGGUGGUUGAUUCGGAGAACAAGCCUAUUAACUUGGAAAAGCUUGUAGCUCCACACUUGCCUGGAGGUGGUGGUUCAGAGCAGUUACCACAGGGAGCUUACAGGUUGGCGUUCCUGGUGUGGGAUUACAAUCAUUUUCUCUCCACUGGUAAAGAACUGCUGGGACGCUUUGUCAUGCAGAAGCGCCACUUAGAGCUGGCUGGAUUUCUGGUAGUGGAGGUACCUUACUAUGAGUGGCAGGAGCUGAACUCUGAUUGGAAGAAAGAGGCCUACCUAAAGGAUAAGAUCGCGAAGGCGGUGGCUGAGGACAGGGCCAAGUGAGCCAAUGAACUGUAACAUAUUCUCAGACCAAAACUUCGCCUCAGUACAGUGAUCAGACGCAAGCAGAGUGUGGUGAACGUGGUUAGAGGAUUAUCAGCAGAACGAGAUUUUGUAUCUGAACGUCUCCUCCAAGAGCAGUGUUGCCGUCCAUCUGCAUCUCCAUCUGCAUGCAUAAAUAAAAACAGAGACAGCACUGGAUGCUCUUCUUGAACAGGGGUGGAUUAAACAGUAAAUCAUUUAUGCUAUUAAACAUAAUUAAGCCUUCAGGUGUGAGUUUGUGGACUUGGAAGUGAAUGGAAAGCUGGCCUUGGUGGUACAGUAUAUAAGAACAUACAGUAGUAUUUGUCAUGUCACUGUGCUGUACUUCAUCAAUAAUGGAAAUAUUAAAACAUUAUUUUGUAUUCUUACAUGCUGUAAGAAAACUACAAAUAUGAAUAUUUUAAUAUUUAAUCAAUUGUUUCUUGUUGCUAUUGGGCACCAUCAUGGCAGUUGGAAGAGUCCUUCCAAUAAAUAAAUAUACACAG